AUGUCAACACAAAUUCCAUAGCUAAUGAUGACAGAGUAACCUUUAGAUGACUAAUAGGAUUUUCUAAACUAUUCAUUGUCUGAGGUUUAUUUUUCAGUAAGCAAAUUUAAAGACAAUCGAAAAAAUGUUAGCGAAAACUCAAUGAAUUUGAAUUAUAAAGAAUAAGAAAAUUCAACUCCAAUUUCUCCUAAUAAUAUAAAUUAAACUAAACCUAGCUAUCUUUCAUCUGCUUAAAAAUCACACUCUUAAGACAGAAUAAGUGUAAAUACAACACAAGAAAAGGUUUAUAGAGAUUUUUUCCAAUAUUUUCUAAUUCAAAAGUUUGUUCACAAAAUAUCAUUUAAAAAGAAGCUAAAUUCCUUAUUUGAUAGAUAUCACUUCGAAGUAAUCAAUGAUCUGGGUGCUUCAUUUGAUAUAAAUUUAUUUAGAGAAAACACUAUAAAAUUAACACCUAUUAUUGUAAAAUAAGUUAGAAAAAUAGAAAAUCAAUUUUCUAGGAGAUUUAAAUAAAUAACCUCUUAAAUUCAAUAAAGAUGGGUAUUAUUCAUAAAAAAAAUUCCAUUAAUAUAUCCAGAAUCAAAAUUGAAAUUGAUAUGGGAUGGAAUAGUGACAGCGGCAAGAUUUUAUUUCAUCUUUAUAAUUCCUCUAGAUCUUGCUUGGGAAAUGGAAUAAUUUAUGUUUGAUUUUCUAAUUAUACCUACUUCGCUUAUGCUUGCCUUAUUAAUAAUUGAUUAUAUUAUCAGUUUUAAUCAAGCAUUUUAUGAAUUUGGGUCUAUUGUAACUGAUCGACGUAAAAUUGUUCAAUAUGUUUUAACAAAAAGCUAUGGAUUAGACAUUGUAUCAAUUUUAUUCUUAAUAAUUUUUUUAAUAAUAUCUGUGUUCAAAAAUUAAACAGUAAGCUUAACUGAGAAUUGGUAUCAAUUAUUAUUACUGUUGUUUCUUAUUUAAUAUAAGAAUGUAUCAAAAUUAUCAGAAUAAGUUGAAGAAGCUUUAAAUUUAUCAAAAUAGAUGAGUUCAUUGUUAGAAUUAGGCAAAUUAUUUUUUUUACUAUUUUUUGUCUUACAUAUAUUUUCUUGUUUAUGGUUUUGGAUUGGAUAUUACUAAUUAAAAAAUAAUCACAAAACUUGGUUACAUUUAAAAAACUUAGAUUAAAUGAAUUGGAAUGAAUAGUAUCUAUAUUCCUUUUAUUUUUCAACUGUUACUAUGUUUACAGUAGGUUAUGGUGAUAUAACUCCGUAAAGUAGCUUAGAAACAGUAUUAUGCAUUAUGUUUAUGAUGAUUUGCAGCAUUUAAUUAUCUUAUAGUGUAAGUACUGUAGGAGCGAUCAUAGACAAAAUAUCAUUUUAUACAAAAGAGAAGAGAAAGAAGGUGUAAGCAAUAAAUACUUACAUGCAAAAUAAAAAGAUUAGUUAUUAAUUAUAAUUUAAGAUAAGAGAAUAUUUGAAUUACUAUUGGUCUUGUAAUUAACAAGAAGAAACUUAGGAAGAAAAGCAAAUUAUUAAUUAAUUAUCCGAAAACCUCAGAGAAAACCUAUAAUUUGAAGCGAAUUCUAUGAUUUUAAAUAAUUGUCCUUUAUUUAAGAAUUAUUUUAGUGAAUAAUUAAAGAAAAAGUUGGUUAAAAAGAUCAAAUCGAUUGUUGUAUAGCCAGAAAACAUUAUAGAUUUCAAUCAUUUUUUUCCAGAAUAGAAGCUGAAUCAAUGUAUAUGUUUUGUUGAGGAAGGGGAAAUCUAAAUUUUUAUUGAGAAUGAAAUGCUAUAAAACCAUGUUUCAUAUAAUUCAAUUUCAAUUGUGAAUACUGUUUCUAAAGGCAGUAGUCUUGGAUUAAUGUCUUUCAUAACUGGAGUAAAAGCCAGAGAAAGAUUCAAGAGUUUAGGAUUUUCAAAACUAUUAUUAUUAUCCAGAGAUGACUUUUUGAAAAUUAUUCCGGAAUUUCCUGAAGAUUAUGAGAUCUUUAGAGAAAUGCAUGAUGAUUUAAUUUUAAAUGAAGACUCUUAGUUUCUUAAAUUAGCUUGCUUUUCCUGUAAUAGCAUAGCUCAUAAGGUAAUUGAUUGCCCUUUAGUUCAUUUUAUUCCUGACAAAGAGUUCAUUAUAAAAAAAUAUUAAUUUUCUAGAUUUUAAAAAAGGAAUGAAUCAAUGAAAUUAAAAUUUCGAAGAAAUCAAAAAAGAUAACAUGGAUAUUUUUCAGUUAAACAUGAUUUAGAUUUGAUUCAAGAAACAGCGAAAUUGUUUUAAGCUGAUAAUUAUAAAUAAUGUUUAUUUUAUGAGGAAAUUGACGAUGAUUCUGAAAAAGAUAAACAAAAGUUGCAUACUCCUUAAUUUAUAAGAUCAAUAAAUUAUACAAUGGCAGAUUCUAUAAAGGAAGAGUUUCAAUUAGAGUCAUCUCCUAAAUAAUAACCUUUUUAAUAACCUUAAUAAUCAAGAAGGAGUAUUGUAUAAAACAUGAUAUCAAAAAAAUCACUAUCAUUGCUUGUCGAUGAUUUCACUUUACAACCUUUUAAAGGGAUUAAAAAAUUCAAAAGAGUAGUUGAGGUUGUCAAAAGUCUAAACAAAAUUGUAAAUAAGAAGAGCAGUAAAGCCCAAACAAAGAAUAUUUUAGCUUCUUUAAGUAGUGAGAACUAUAGAGAUUUAGAAUAAAGAUCUUUAUUGAGUGGUAUUAAAAGACGAUUAAAAUACAUUUAAAAUCAUAAUAUUGAAUGUAUUGAUAAGGAUUAUCAAGAAAUGGAAUUUUUGAGGAUGAAAUUGUAAGUGUUGUUAUCUCUCCAACAAGGAUUAGAAGAGACCUAAGAAAAAUUUGAAACUGUAAGGCAAUUUAAAUUUUAUGGUGUUCAUAAUAAUGUAGAUCAGAUAUUAACUGUUUAGAAUUAAUUUUAUAAAGUGAAAUUAUAAGAAUUAGAUCUACCAAAAAUAUUCUAGUCUUUUGUGAAGUAUUUGAUGUAUCCUUAUUCUUUUAUCCAUAAAUAUAAAUUGAAAGCUGAUAGUUUUGAUGUAAAAGAAAUAAAAAAGGAAGUCGUAACUAAAAAAGAGUAAAAUGCCAAAUUUUCUAAACUUUUAACUCUACAUAAAUAAAGUAAAAAGUUGAGAAAUAAAUUGCAUAUAAAAAAAACAUAAAUUUAGCCACUUUGA